AUGGAGACCUACAACACCCAACUCCCAGCUCGAAAGCUGAAAGACUCCUGUGAUGUCUGUUCUGCAUCCAAGUUGCGAUGUGAUAAGCAAAAGCCGACGUGCUCGCGUUGCGCAAAUCUAAACCGCCCAUGCACAUACAGCCCAGCUCGUCGGGGUGGCCGACCGCAUCGCGUACGGCGGAAGUCAAGUCAGAGCCAGAGCCAGAGUCAAGCGAAGACCUCCAAGCAAUGCCUCGGGGCUCCAGAGACAAAUUCUCUCAACAGCUACUUGGUAGAGCCGACCGGGGUAUCUGGCCAAACUGACAGCGAAAUGAGCUGCGAUAAUGGCUGGUUUCCCAGCACACAUACGAUAAACCAUCCCCAGGAUAAUCAGCUACAACCGGCAGAAAUCACGUCAUCGCCGUGUAAUAUGGUGAGCAUGGGUCAUAAGGUGGACACCACCGAGACCGACUGCACCAAGGCUGCUCUGUCGAUUGUCGAGCAGCUGGAAAUAACCAAGGGGCGGUGCCGGUCCACUGCUCCCACGCACAGCGGCAGCGGCUUGACGGCUACCGAGGCGUGCCAGCGGUUGUUGACUAUCCUCAUGUGUCCAUGCUCCGAGCAGGCAAACGUAGCGCUUCUGGUGGCUUCGGGAUGCAUUUCACUCAUGGACGCUGUUCAUUGCUCUACUGGUGCCGAUUCUGACGGAGGAUCGGUGAGUCUUGACGUGUCGUCGAGCGAUGGCAGAUCCAUGGGCAACGGCUCCUGGGAACAAGAUAUACUCAUAUGGUCGCGACCGCAGUCAUCCUCACGCAGUUUAGCUGGCGACAGCCAGAGUCAGGUGGGGGAUUUGUCCAAGAUUGCCAGGCUUAUUUUGCAGUUCACAGACAGAUACUCCCAGGAUACUAAAGGUGGGCCGCGCUGGGAGCACACUACCUGGGUCGUUGCUCCGGUGGUGGCAUUGCUUCGGUCUAGGUUGCAAUAUGUCACUCAGGGAGUGGCAAGGCGUUUGGUCUUUUGA